GUGGAUGUCACUAGUAGGGCUGUGAUGGAAAUAAUGACGAAGACAAUUGAAUAUCUUCAACCCAAUCCAGCCUCCAGAGCCAAACUCAGCAUGCUCAACACCAUGUCUAAAAUUAGAGGCCAAGAAAAAGGACCUGGGUAUCCUCAAGCGGAGGCCCUGCUUGCAGAUGCAAUGCAAAAAUUUGGGAAAGAACUCGGAGAUGAGUGCAAUUUUGGCCCAGCUUUAGGCGAUGUUGGAGAAGCGAUGAGGGACUUGUCUGAGGUGAAAGAUGCUUUGGAUAUUAAUGUGAAGCAGAAUUUCAUCGAUCCGUUGCAAAAUCUCCAUGACAAAGAUCUGCGGGAAAUACAGCACCAUCUUAAAAAAUUGGAGGGCAGACGCCUAGACUUUGAUUACAAGAAGAAAAGGCAAGGCAAGAUCCCCGAUGAAGAACUCCGACAAGCUCUGGAGAAGUUUGAUGAAUCAAAAGAGAUUGCUGAAUCAAGCAUGUUUAAUCUGCUAGAGAUGGAUGUUGAACAAGUGAGCCAGCUUUGUGCGCUAGUACAAGCCCAGGUGGAGUACCACAGGCAAGCCACAGAGAUCCUGCAACAAGUUAGUCUCAAGCUGGAAGAAAGAAUAAAAGAAACGUCAGUUCAGCCCAGAAGAGAAUAUCAGCCAAAGCCCCGUAUGACCUUGGAAUUAUGUGACAAUGGUCAACACAAUGGAGGGCUCUCUAAUGCUACUACUCCUAAGCCUUCAGGUGGCGCUGCUAUGGAUCAGCCAUGUUGUCGAGCUCUGUAUGACUUUGACCCUGAAAAUGAAGGGGAACUCGGUUUUAAAGAAGGCGAUGUCAUCACCCUCACUAACCAGAUUGAUGAUAACUGGUAUGAAGGGAUGCUUCAUGGGCAGUCCGGCUUCUUCCCCAUCAAUUAUGUGGAAAUUCUUGUUCCUUUGCCUCAUUAGGGUGGCCCGUCCAUCCUGUCGG